AUGGCCGGCUUCCAGAGACUCAUCAUCUCCCUGUUGGUGAUCCUCACCUUCACCUUUGUCUUCUUUGCCCAGUCUUCCGAGGCUGUCAAGGGCCCCAAGAUCACCCACAAGGUCUACUUCGAUGUGACCUCCGGUGACGAAGAGCUUGGACGUAUCGUCCUUGGUCUCUACGGCAAGACUGUCCCCAAGACUACCGAGAACUUCAGAGCUCUUGCUACCGGCGAGAAGGGCUUUGGUUACGAGGGCUCCACCUUCCACCGUGUCAUCAAGGACUUUAUGAUCCAGGGUGGUGACUUCACCAAGGGCGACGGUACCGGCGGCAAGUCCAUCUACGGCAACAAGUUCCCCGACGAGAACUUCAAGCUGAAGCACAGCAAGAAGGGUCUUCUCAGCAUGGCCAACGCCGGCAAGGACACCAACGGCUCGCAGUUCUUCAUUACCACCGCCAUCACCUCGUGGCUCGACGGCCGUCACGUCGUCUUCGGCGAGGUCCUCGAGGGCUGGGAGAUCGUCGACAAGAUCCAGAACCUUCCCAAGGGUGCUGGCGACAAGCCUCAGAAGCCCAUCAAGAUUGCCAAGAGUGGCGAGCUUGAGGUCCCUGAAGAAGGUAUUAGAGCCGAGCUCUGA